AUGCAAGAGACUGAGCAAUCAGAAAAAGAUAUGAUAGGUUCUCUUCUUGAUGACGACGAAUCAAAAUGCUCAGAAUUUCGAUCUUCCAUUACCAAAUCCCAGUAGCAUUCACAAUCUCCAAUCAAAAGUUUCAAGGAUCUAAAAGAGAGUCCUGUUAUAAAUGAGGAUCCCAAUUAACAAGAAUUUCCUGCUGCCGAUCCUAGCAACUUCUAUAUUACAGUGUAGCCGACAUUCAUUCAGCAACGACAACAUUCCUUAAGUCACGAAUUCCACUCAUACAUGCUGCCUCAACAACCAGUUUACUAUCCUUGUCAAGAAGGCUAUUUCUCUUAAAAAAGAACAAAAAAAUUACAAUUAUAAACAGAGAUUGAUUCAACAAUUUCACAAUAAUGUUAAGAUCAAUACGCCUCUUUGAUUAUUCAAUAGUCGUUCAUCUAAGGAAAUGAGUAUUAAAGAGAGAAAAUAUUUAAAGGCCUAGUUGAUGAUUUACUCCUACUGUCAAAACACAAAUUUGGAAACUAUGUCAUCUAGAAGAUAAUUGAAAACAGUAAUCAAAAUACCAGAACACUUAUUUUUGAGCAAUUAAACCCUCAUAUUUUAGAAUUGUCUUAUGACAGAUUUGGUUGUAGAGUGAUACAAAAAUUGCUAGAAUUUAUUCUCAAUUAACUAAAAGUCUAACUCAUAAAUUAACUCAAACCAUACGCCUUAAAAUUAAUAUUCGAUCAGUGUGGAAACCAUGUUAUUUAAAAAAUAAUAGAUUUGGUUACUGAUGCUGAUUUUAUUAUAGAUCUGGUGACAAAUAAUGUAGAUAAAGUUGUAUCCCAUCCUUAUGGAUGCAGAAUAGCUUAGAAAUGCUUAGAAAUGUUUCCCAACGAUCAAUUGUAGGCACUUUACAUAUCUUUGAUUCCACUAUGUGAAAGAUUAUCAUUUUGUUAAUAUGGGAAUUACAUUGUUUAAAAAAUGAUAAACUCAGGACCCCCAAAAGGAUUUGAAGUCAUAGGAAAGUUUAUCAAGCAAAGAAUAAUAGAAGUCAGUUAAGAUAAAUACGCUAGUAAUGUAGCUCAAAGGUACAUUACUUUUGCUUAAGAUGAGGACAUUGCAAGCAUUUGCAAGAUUCUCAUGAAUUAAACUGUGCCACCCAUGCUAUUAAUUUUGAUUAAUAAUUCCUUUGGAAAUUAUGUAAUGCAAAAUUUUUAUUCGAAAUGCAAUGAUAAAUAAAAAGAGUAAAUUCAAAUUCAAGUCUCAAAAUACGAAGAACAUUAAUUCACUUAAUUUGGUCGACAUUUCUUAUAAUAUUUAGCCAGAUUUCAUGCUUGUUGA